AUGUCGUUUGUGCCCAAUGAGAACUCUCUGGAUCCCAGACCCAGAACGCUGAAGUCUACUCGUGCGGCAUUGAAUAAUGUCACUAACACCACGAUUGCACAAGAGGCCAAAGCUGCCAAUUCUGGUGCGCGGUCGUUAGGCAAAGCUUUACGUACAGCAAGGUCGAGGCUUCAGAACGCUAAAGCCGCCGGAUCUCUCAUUCCACAGGUGAGACGAGAAAAUGCAGGCCAGGAAACCUCAUCCACCCUCACGGAUACCACAAGUUCCACACAAAACACGAGCAUUAGUGGACCGGCAGCAUUGCCAAAACCAAUCAUAUCUGAACUGGAUAAAGAGAAUGUAGACCCAUUCAGCUCCAAGCUUUCCAGUAUCGAAGAAGAGCAACAGACAACUCAGAGUCAAUCGCUUUCGAGUUCAAAUGAAGUCAUUAAUUAUACUGAGAACCAGACAAUGCUCAAAGAUUCUGACUACAGUAGUGUAAUGCAGACAGAGGUUCACCAAGGUAGCUUACUACCAGACCAAGACCAAUCUGAAGUUCACUCCCACGAAAUGGAAGCUGUUACUGACGUCAGCAAGAAAAGACCAAUUUCCACCGUAGUUGAACAAGAAGAGCCUAAGAAGUUCAAAGUGUGCGCUAAAGGAACCGAGUACGAAUGGGAGGAUUUGGAUGCUGAAGAUGUCAACGAUCCUUUCAUGGUGAGUGAAUAUGUUACAGAUAUCUUUGAGUACCUUCACAAGCUGGAAAUAAUGACACUGCCAAAUAGACAUGACCUCUACAAGCACAGUAAUAUUCGUCAAAAUCGAGACAUCCUCGUCAACUGGAUGGUUAAAGUGCACAAUAAGUUUGGACUGCUCCCAGAAACGCUGUACUUAUCCUUGAACAUCAUGGAUAGGUUUCUGUGCAAAGAGUUGGUACAGUUGGAGAAACUACAGCUUGUGGGCACCGCAUGCCUUUUCAUUGCCUCUAAAUACGAGGAAGUUUACUCGCCAAGUGUCAAACAUUUUGCAUAUGAGACAGACGGUGCUUGUGAUGAAGACGAAAUCAGGGAAGGCGAAAAAUUCAUUUUGAAGACACUAGAGUUCAAUCUCAAUUACCCCAACCCUAUGAACUUCUUGAGAAGAAUAUCAAAAGCAGACGAUUACGACAUACAAUCGCGAACGCUUGCAAAGUAUCUGCUAGAAAUAUCUAUCGUGGACUUCAGGUUCAUCGGGGUUUUACCAUCAUUAUGUGGCGCCACAGCAAUGUUUUUAUCAAGGAAAAUGCUAGGUAAGGGAAAAUGGGAUGGUAAUCUAAUACAUUACAGUGGGGGUUAUACAAGGGAGGAACUGGCACCGGUCUGUAACAUGGUUAUGGAUUAUUUGGUCCAGCCAGUUGUUCAUGAUGAAUUUUUCAAAAAGUACGCAUCCAGAAAAUUCAUGAAGGCAUCAGUUAUCUCGAGACAAUGGGCGAAGAAAGUGGUCGCACACGGUUACGACAUCAUGACAUUGCAUGAGACUUCCGAAUGA